AUGAAGCGCGCGGUCGCAGCAGCGUGUGUCCGGCGGGAGCGCGCACAGAUCCUGCUGGUGCUCUUGGCGCGCGCGGUGUCCUCUGUCUCUCCAGGGUGUCCGGAGCGCUGUGUGUGCGAUGACCAGCAUGUGGUCCAGUGCGCGGAGCAGGACCUCCUAAACUUCCCCUCCGGACUCCCGCUGACCACCCGCCAGCUGAUCCUCUCCAACAACCGCAUCUCCGACCUGCCCGCGCUCGAGCUCAAUUACCUCUCCGACCUCCUGUACCUGGACUGCAGCAACAACUCCCUAACGCACAUCUCUGAGUCCACUUUUGGGAAUCUGAGGAAGCUUGCAUACCUGGAUCUGUCCUUUAACUUGUUCGGGAGGAUCCAGGAGCAGACCUUCGGUGCGCUGGAGAGUUUGGUGAUGCUGAGGCUCACUGAUAACCCAAUGCUUUCGGAGAUCCACCCGCAGAUUUUCUCUGUUCCCAGUGUCCUGCAGGUGCUGGAUAUCAGCAGGAAUAACCUGAACAGGCUGAAUGUCAGCUUUUUGAUGGCUCUUGGGGGUCUGCGGUCCCUCGGGCUGAGCGGGAACCCUUGGCGAUGCGCCUGCGACACCGAGGAGCUCUGCUUCUGGAUGCACUCGAACACCUUUAAAUUCAUAGGUAGGCUGUGCAUGUAG